CAUGAGUCGAACUAUACUGCUAGAGAUUAGUGAAUGUCGGUGGCAAAGCAUCCAUGUCACCCUACAUAAGUGAUGGCGGUAUUGACAGCGCACUGGAGGAGACAGUGUGUAACCCACGUACAGCCUCCAUCGGUAGCCAGGAUGACACUAACUGUCCCCUGGAACUGGAAACUCAAUCUCAUCCAGACCCAACUGUACCCCAACUCCUGGACAGUCCUGAACCUCCUGUGCCCUCAGAGCUGAGCAGCCCACCAGUACCCAUCAACAGUCCCGUCCGGCCCACCACCCUGCCUAUGAAAACAUUACCCCGAGCCACCAACACCCCCACCUCCAUUACCAGAGAGAACGGUGGGCCGCCGUGCAGAGACCCUGAGGAGGAGGAGAGAAAGCUGAUGGAGGAAGAGCUAAAGAAGUGCAUCGAGGAUUUUAGGAAAAUACGCAUUCCCGAACUUUUCCCUGACCGCAAAAGACACUGGCAGAGUGAUCUGCUCAAAAAAUACAAUUCAUAAUGUUUUUGACUGUAGGCUUCAGAGACAAAGUGUAAAGCAAUUCACUGCUGUAUAGCUCUCAGACAAAAGACAAAUGAGCUCUGUUACAAAACUUAGACAGCAAAAGAAUCUUGUUCAGAGUAAAGUGGUUGCAGAAAAUGCAAUCCCAUAAUGCAUUGCAAAUCCAUAAUGCUCUGAACAUCCAAGACUGCGGAUUCUUUAUAAACGUAUUCAUUCAGUUUUCACUUAAAACAUUAACUACGAUUUAGUAAGCGUAGAAACCCUUUUUUGGUGUAUUGAUUACUAUGUGAUGUUUUUUAUAGUUUUAAAUACUAAGUAACCUAUUAUAAGUUGUAAUGUGAAUUUGAGCUCUGCUUAAAUAUUCUUUCAUUCGUCCGCGCUCAGCUCCCAUACAAGACUGCAAAAGUCAUUGUCAAUUCAUUGUUUUAGAACCUCCGCAUGUAGCUUCUACGUUUUUCUUGUUUUAAAUAUAACAUAAGAAUCAAAAAGAUAUUUUUGCAAUACAAUUGUUUUGACGCGCGCACGUCUGAUGACAUUCUCACGUUUUACCAUGGUGUGCGCAACACAACAGUUAGUGCAUGAAGUGAGCUUUUACAAUUCUGCUCAGAAAACAAGAUGAGUAAGACUCGCAAACGAAAAAGCAUUUCGAUGCAUUUGAAUAACAAACAGCAUAGUUUUCAUGCCAGUCUGCCCUAGAUAUGACUGUAUGCUGCUGUUUUGCUUGUUGUUAGUUUUUAUUUAUGUAAAGGUAACAUUUUACAUUUGUUAGUUAAGUUUUUUUGGAACGAUUUGCGUUUUGGAUAACAAAAGCAAGUUCAACACAAUGUUAGUUGUACGCUAUAAAAAUGUAAUAUUAGGAUAUUCUGGAUAUGCGACGGCCCUGGCCCUCAAAGAAUCUGAUCAUUUUAGCGUUUUUAAAACCAUUAAUCUGCUGAGUCAAUGUUUUCUGUAAAAAGUUGUAAAUAUGGGUAUAUUCUAAUAAGUGACAAUUUCUGAUCUUUUCUUAUAGUUGUUUGUCUGUAAGAGCCACAAAUAGAGAUGAAAACAAAUAGUUCCUGCAGAUUUAGACUUUAAACAUGUGUGAAAUAUGUUGUAUUUCAGAUUUAGUCAACUAUUCUUUACAAGUCUGAUAAGGGUUCCAUGAGAGAAAGUUUAACAAGGAGUCUAGAUGGAUCCCAAUGUUUUUGGGUGUGGAUAAAGCCAGAGGGAAUGCAUUCAGUGUUGAAAAGCACAAGUUAAAACCGUCUGUCUGAAACACUCAUGGCUCAACAGAUGAGUUUACUGCUAUGAUUUGAAGACGUGAAGGUCAAGGAUCAUUGGUCUUUUAUUGGAUAUGGAAUCAAAUUCCUUUUGAAAAAGGUGUCUUAAAUAUUGAGCAUAUUACAUGGCUCCUCCCACUUUGAAAACAACCAAUAGCAUUAAGUUCAUCUCAGUGCAUAGAAUGAUGAGGAGUGCCAUAUAAAACUGUUGUUCCAUAUUGAUGAAAGUUAGAGGCUCAUAUCUCCUAAAUGUUUUUAUGUUUACAUUUUUAUGGCAUAUUCAUACAAAACAUCUCAUUUUGGUUUCAUGGAGACUGGACUUCUGGUAGUCUACUUUACACGGUUUAGUACCCUAAAGAUAAGGUUUUGUAAAUCACGAAAGAUUUUCUUCAGCUUUGCUAAAGAAUUAAAUCUCUGUUCUACGCAAAAGGAAUAAAUGCACACACUAUUGGAUUUUCAAAUCAUCGAUGUUUAUUUGGCUGUACGUUUAAGGUUUCCUACAAUAUUGUGUUGCCCUGCAGUCACUGUGUCAAGCGGCAUGUCUAUUAAUAAUAAAAUAACCACAUGCUGAUCAAUCUUUUGAGCCUCAAGCACAAACAAAACCAACUGACUGACUUUUGUAGAUUGUAGAAUCUUUUUUGGACAUUUCAAAGUGUCUUUGUUGUGUUUUUCAUCUCGGUAGUUGUCAAUGUAGAAGGUGACUAUAGCUCUUGUAAGUGUGCAUUGAUUUUAGGAAGCUCAAUAUGUUUUAGUCCUGUCCGUGUGUUUGCAGGCAAACGUUUCCCUUCACAAAUGUAAAUCUGUCUGGUUUGAUGUUGUCGCUCAUUACAGAUGAUUGCCGUAUCGGCUCGUUUCUGUGUAAUUGUGUGAAGAAACCGCUGUCAGUCAAAAGCCUGCUGCACAGACGGAUAACAACAGCCUUUCAUUCUCAUUUACUCACAAACAGAAGCACACAGAGAACUAUGAGUCUGACACAGUUAACACAGAGUGUGGACAAAACACAAAGGAGCAUCAUUCAGAAAGCAGAGUUAUUAUCUCCUUUAGUUUGAAGAACUUUAUUUGGGAAACGUACAAUGAAAUACUAGACAGUCAGACAUCCCUUCUUAAAGAAUCAAAUGUGCCAUGUCAUAAUAAUAAUAAUAACUGUGCACUUAGAAAGUCUUUAGAGAUGAGGUAUUACUCAUGAAGAUUAAAUUUAAUCCGGAAAUCCAUCCCACACAAAAUAGGUAAAUUGUGGCGAACAAAUGAAUUCGGCACAAAUAUGAAGUGUACAAACCUUGACUUAGUGGCAGAUAAUCGAGGGUCAUUUUCUCUGUGCUGAAAUAAUACUGAAAUAGCAGUGCUUUUUAAUCAACAAGCUCUUUUAAUGCAAGACAUUUAAUAACACAGAGUAUCUCCAAAUCUGAUUUAAUCACGAGUUAUCCAAACAAGAUAUCUCAUGACAGUUUAUAACCAAUAAAGCUUU